UCCCCCUUCUCUUUCCCUAUACUCUCACUUCAUUCUCUGAAAGAUCCCUCAUGUCCCUUUCUUUCCUCCGAUCACUCUCCUUCACUCCCCAAACCCUAACCCUAAUAUCCUCCAUCCAUGUCAAAGCCCUCAGCUUCCAUGCCCAUUCAACACCCAACCAAUUUAUCAUGCGCUUCCCAUCAUAAGCCCCUCAAUUUACACCCGCCAUUGUUUCCCUCCAAGCUCAAGAAACUCAGCUUCAGAGUGCUGUGUUCAUCCCAGAACAACGCUCACUCUUCCCCAACUCAAAUCUCGAAUCUUCCAUGGAUUCUCCGGGUCAUACCCGACUGGGCAGACGCAAUCAAGGAGAACCGUAUGCAGCAGAAGAGGGCUUUGUAUACGCACGAAGAUUGGGUGCUCCAUAGGAGCUCUUUGAGGCAUCUUAGGCAUCUGCUCUCGAGCUUGAGUUCUAGGGUUAUCUUGUCGCUGGUGCCGCCGGUUAUCGCGUUCACAUCGGUGGCCGUCGUCGUCGCGUCUUACAAUUCCGCCGUUUCUCUGCAUUGGCUGCCGGAAUUCUUCCCGGUUUUGAGGGCUUCCACCCUGCCUUACCAGCUCACGGCGCCGGCGCUGGCGCUGCUUCUGGUGUUCAGGACUGAGGCUUCGUACUCGCGGCUAGAACAAGGGAGAUUGGCUUGGACUAAGGUGAUUGCAGGGGCCAGUGAUUUUGCGGUGCAAGUGAUUUCUGGUGUUGAGAGCAAAAGUGAUAAAUUGCUUAAAAAUGCUCUUUUGCAGUAUAUCAUGGCCUUCCCAGUUGCUCUUAAGUGCCACUUAGUCUAUGGUUCAGAUAUGGCAAGUGACCUCAAAAACUUGCUGGAGGCUGAUGAUCUGUCUGUAGUUCUCAGUUCGAAACAUCGGCCUCACUGCAUCCUUGAAUUUAUCUCGCAUGGCAUUCGAUCGCUAAACAUAGAGGAGACGAGGCUACAUCUGUUGGAGUCAAAGAUUUCGUGUUUCCAUGAAGGAAUCAGUGCUUGCGAACAGCUCAUGGGCAUUCCCAUCCCGCUAUCGUACACUCGACUAACCUCGAGAUUUUUGGUGCUUUGGCAUCUUACACUUCCCAUUAUACUCUGGGAUGAUUGCCACUGGAUUGUGGUUCCUGCAACCUUCAUCAGUGCUGCUUCUCUUUUCUGCAUUGAAGAGGUUGGUGUACUUAUUGAGGAGCCAUUUCCCAUGCUUGCACUCGAUGAGCUCUGCAAUAUGCUUCACACCAGCAUCCGGGAAGCAGUGGCUAACGAAAAAACCAUUCAAGCGCGCAUCAAUGCAAGACGAAAGAGGCAUUUUACUGAACACUCUCAAAAUGGAUGGCCAACCUCACAGAACUGAAAGAUGGCGCAAUUUUGGUGUACAGGACUGGGAUGCAGAUCUGCCAUGGACACAAUGAAGAGCUGCUGAGCUGAGCAAAAGUCAUCCCACAUCUAAACUGUACAGAGGAUUAGAAUAAAGACUGAACUUCUUGUACAGUGUACAUAUGGUUAUACAAGAAUGUAGCUAGAAAAAUAUAGUUUUGUCACUGCAAUAUAACAUGAACACCCUUCUAUCCACUGAUAUAUAUCAUUAUAUUGCAGCA